ACAGCGGAGCGAGCGGCGAGCGGCGAGCGGCUGCGGAUUGAUGCCGACUCCAGCGCGUCAGGAGGCGACAUGUGUCCAUAGAACCUCUGGUCCUCCUCCACCUCAACCCCGCGGCACUGAUGAAGCCUCCUCUGCCGGAGCCACAGCGGGCCGAAGGGCGGAUAGAGGAGAGAGAGGAUGUACUGGCGCGUCGGCUUCGCCUGGAGCCGCUCCUACGCGCUUGAGCUGGGCCUGAACAAGAGCUUCUCGCUCGGCUUGAGCGGCUCCGAGGAGCAUCUGUCGCUGUAUGGGUACAUCAUUGCCUACCCGCUGCAGGAGUACGGAGGGAUCAUGUCUGCGUUAGGAUUUGACUCCUGGUGGAGAAAAACGCUCUACAUCACCGGGGGCGCGCUGCUCGCCGCCGCUGCCUAUUUACUACACGAGCUGCUUGUCAUCAGGAAGGAACAGGAGUUGGACUCUGAAGACGCCAUCAUUCUGCAUCAGUUUGCCCGGCCCAAAACUGGAGCCCCUAGCCUGUCCCCCUUUUGCCUGAAGAUAGAAACGUACCUGCGGAUGGCGGACCUUCCCUACCAGAACUAUUUCGAUGGGAAGUUGUCUCCUCAAGGGAAGAUGCCGUGGAUUGCGUAUAAUAAGGAGCAGGUGUUCGGGACAGAGUUCAUCAUCGACUUCCUGGAGGAGAAGCUCGGCGUGAACCUCAACUCCAGCCUGAGUCCUCAGGAGAAAGCCAUCUCACGCGCCAUCACCAAGAUGGUGGAGGAGCACUUCUACUGGACAAUAGCAUACUGUCAAUGGGUGGACAAUGUGGAGGAGACGCAGAAGAUGUUAGCCACAAAUGGGCCACUGAGUGACCUGCUCAGUUGGAUCUUGAGUCAGGUGACCGGCAGCAUUGUGAAGAGAGAGAUGUACGGCCACGGGAUCGGACGCUUCUCCAAAGAGGAGGUUUAUUCUCUGAUGGAGAAAGACAUGCGCACUCUUGCCACAUUCCUUGGCAAUAAAAAGUAUCUAAUGGGCCCGAAGCUCUCCACAGUAGACGCUGCUGUAUUUGGUCAUCUGGCUCAGGCUAUGUGGACUCUCCCAGGAACGCGUCAGGAGCAGUUAAUCAAAGGUGAGUUCAUCAACCUGGCCAUGUACUGUGAGCGAAUCCGCCGGAAAUUCUGGCCAGAGUGGUUUGUAGACGUCGACGACCUUUACUACGACGGACUGAGCGAGGAGCCGGAUUCUCCUUCCCAGCUUCCGGAUUUGGGUCUGUACUCACGCAGCGGCAGCUUCCAGGAGCAGGAAAGCUCUCUGUCGCACCACAACACGCCGUCACAGGACAGCGAUGCCACUGGACACUCUCUGUUCGACUCGGACAUGGACACCGAAUGCUCGGACAUGGAGCAGUUGAAGUGAAAACCACACCUCCUUGAUGAGGCAUCUGAACGGGCCCCGCCCCCUUUGUUUUCCCACAAGCCUUUUAGCAGGAGAAGGGCUGGUCAAAUAAAGAUGUGGUGAAGUGGCAGUGGUUUCCAGACUCUGAGUAAGGGAUAGCAAUAAAGCAGACAGGAAAGGUAUUCUGACACUUUUUAAUUAAUUAGAAAGAGGAUUUUAUUGAACAGUCGCGCCACGACAGUCUAUAGAGAAUCCAGGAAGAAAACAGAAUAAAAAAGAGUGAGAAUGACGCUAUAGCUGAA